AUGGAUCCCGCGUCGUCCGCGUCGUCCUCGUCCUCGGACGCGUCGUCGACGUCCGAGGCGGAGACGACGCGGGGCGUCGUGAAGGCGGCGAGCGACGCGGACGCGGGCGACGGGCGCGAUGAUUUCCGCGCGCGGUACGACGCCGUGAGCGACGUGCCGUGUCGAGUGACGUCGAUAGAACUGAGAGGGGUGGAGCGAACGCGCGUUGAGUUGAUCGAGCGAGAGAUGGAACGGGCGCGAAGGGCGAAAACGCUGGAUGAAAUCAAAGACGCGCUCUUCGCCGCGGACGCGAGACUGCGAGAGUACGAUAUAUUUAAGGAUGUGGCGAUGGUGAUCGAUGCGGAUAACGCGAGUGUUUUCAAGAAUAUCACCGGCGCGGACGACGUUCCGGGGGCCAAGGUGGUCGUGAGCGUGGAGGAACGGGAUCUCUUGCACGCGCGCGCGGGAACUUUCAUGAGCAAGCGGGGAGAGGGCGAGCUUGAGGCCGCGAUCGGUCUGCGCAACGCCAUGGGACUCGGAGAUAAGUUCACUCUUGAGUUUACGCGAGGAGCGAGCUCGAGCUCGGCGUACUCGGCGGGAUACGAGCAGCCGCGCGUGCUCGGAAGCGACGUCAAUCUGACGACGUCGUUGUACCAGUCGCUUGAGUGCUUCAAAAAGCUCAGUUCUUUCGACGUUACCUCGCGAGGUUUAACCGUUGGUCUCACGGGAGACGGUCCAGGAACUAUUGAUUACACCAUUGAGCAUCGUGACGUUCGCGAUCCGACGCGCCUGGCGAGUCGAGGCGUGCGCAAGCAGCUCGGCGAGUCGUUGAAAUCAGCGGUGACCCACACGUACGUUGACGACCGGCUCGACCGGCACGUCCGCCCGACGACGGGUUACUUAUGGAAGGUUCGCAGCGAACUGGCGGGGAUUGGCUUGCUAUCGAAUCCCAUGGCGACGAAGUUUGCAAAAUCUGAGUUCACCACGCACGCCGUGAGGACGCUAAACGCUAAACGCGGAAUCACGGCAUCUCUGACGGGUCGUCUUGGUGUCUUACUCCCGUUCGGUAAGCCGGGUGAGGACGGCGCGAUCGAGACGUGCAUCGCGGAUAGAUUUUUCUUGGGUGGGGUCGGGUGCUUGCGACAGUUCGAGACGAGCGGCGCGGGCCCGAGCGAUGAGCGGCGCGGGGAGUCGCGGAUGGGACGCCCAUCCGAUGACGAUAACGCGUCGAAAGAGCCGGCCCUGAAAAGGGACGCCUUAGGCGGCGAUUUUGUUUGGAGCGUCACGGGCGCGGUGCAGAUGGAUGUUCCGGGUGAGAAGUUCGAGGCCAUGCGCGACGCUGGGAUCCACUUUCAUGCGUUCGCGAGCGCAGGGACUUUGUUACCACUUUCCGCACUUGCGGGCGGCGCGAAGGAUGCGACGAAAAAAAUUCGCGACGCGACGCGAGCAUCCGUCGGUAUUGGUAUUGUCUGGCCUCUGCCGAUCGGUCAGAUUGAAAUCAACUACGGCAAGGUGUUACGCGCGACUUCGAUCGAUCGAGCGAAGGAUGGGUUCCACGUUGGACUUGCCGCGCACGUAAACUUGUAG